AUGGUAAGCAACAGCUUCCUUUUUUUUGUCAAUAUCCUGCUCCUCCUCGCCCUCCUCAACGGCUAUGCCCUCUGCAGAAGGGGUGGAGGAGGUGACAGUGACAGCGACGGCGGCAGAGGUGACAGUACUUUGGGGACACUAAGAUGCGGGACCUCUAACAGCCUUACAUCUCAAGGGAGCAGGAAUGCAGAAGCCAGUCCAACUGUAUACGAUGGCUCCUACUUCCAGGGAGAAGGACAUAUCUCCUACAACAUCACCGGUGGAUCUCGAUGCCGUGGUGUAAGCGGAGAGAUUCGCAUGCUAGGGUACGCAUGGGUGGGACCCCAGCCGCCCUAUCCUACCGGUCCCAAAAUCCCUUCAUCGUCGGGUUCAAGUCAUGGGAAUCCGAUAAAAGGUGACACUUGCCCUGACGACCCGGAUCUCUUUCGAAUCGCCACAACCCGAGGAUGGAAUGACUGGACGGCUCACACGUAUGGCGCUUCGGAUGUGAUGGUCAUGAAUGUCUCGGCGGAUUCCACGACACUCCCUGCUGUUCGUUUCACCGCUACCACGGCUUCCGAUCCGAGGCCUUCGAUCAAUGCGGGCCAGGGACUUGUUCGCCUUCCUGGGCGCGCUUGUUCGUCAAAUGAGAUAGCUAUGGAUUGGCCGGUUGCAACAGUCAUGAAUGGAUCCGUGACGAACACUACUUUGGAGCUCAGAUUUGAUGGCUCUGGUAAUACAACAUCCAAUUAUAAACACUGCAGUGGCAGUGGCACCGAAGACGGUUUACGUAUCGAGUUCAUUGUGACUUUCUCAGGGCAAUUUGAUAGCGUGAAUUCCACCAAAGCGUUGAAUAUUCAGCAUCUUAAUCAGACGCCCUCAUGGGUGCCAAAUGACGGUUCCCGAAUUCUGCUGUUUGACUGGUGGUACAGGGCGAUAUAG